GUUAAUUUGUUUUGUAGGGACACAGCUGGCCAAGAGCGAUUCAACAGCAUUACCUCGGCUUAUUACAGAAGUGCCAAGGGAAUCAUAUUAGUGUAUGAUAUUACCAAGAAAGAAACCUUUGAUGAUUUACCCAAAUGGAUGAAGAUGAUUGAUAAGUAUGCCUCUGAAGAUGCAGAACUUCUUUUAGUUGGAAAUAAGCUGGAUUGUGAAGUCAACCGGGAAAUUACCCGACAGCAGGGAGAAAAGUUUGCACAACAGAUUACUGGCAUGCGGUUUUGUGAAGCAAGUGCCAAGGACAACUUUAAUGUAGAUGAAAUUUUUUUGAAAUUGGUUGAUGACAUAUUAAAAAAGAUGCCUCUGGACAUAAUGCGGAAUGAGCUCUCCAACAGCAUCCUGUCUCUGCAGCCAGAGCCCGAAGUUCCUCCAGAACUGCCACCACCUCGACCUCCAGUCCGGUGCUGCUGA